AUGAAUCCACUCGGAUACGACCCUUGCCCACCCACAGAGAGAUUCAACCAUCCACGUCACGCACGGUGGAUGGACAGUGACACCGUCUGGGGAGGAGGGAAUCCUCAUCUGGGUCUGGCGGGAGCUCAGAUAGUUGACCGAAACUGCUUGGUUUCACGCAACCAAAUGGGAACUCCCGAAGGCGCAACUGGACCACAUCUUGGACCUAGUCCAGCCCCAGUCCGUCCCAUGGAUUUCUUAUCAUCCGUGCAACUGGCCAGCAAUGAUUCUCCCCGCAUUUUGAUGGCUCGCUUGGACCCCAAAGUCGCGCCUCAUUUCUCCGUUAGCGCCAGAAUGGAGUGGCCCGGUGAGUGCAGGGACUACCACCGUCACGCCACGGCUUGGACUCUGCCGAUGACCAAAUGCGGGAAAUCAAGAGGCCACCGUCCCGACGGAGUUCCUGUGUGGUCCAUUUUACUGUUGCACACGAGAUGGGGAGGGGCAUUGAUUUCCAACGAAUUCCACUGGGGAUCGGAGCCACCGAAUGCGCCGGCAUUCAUUCCGCCGGGCUUUCACUCAUCUAUGGCAUUGUCGUUUGGGGAGGAAGCCAGGGAUCGAUCAAGUUCGAUCGUAAGUUCUCGGGACUCGUCGAAAGGGACUCACGCGAGUCUUCCGUACAGAGCCAGACAUACUAGGAUUUGGCCAGAGAUUGCUGUGGCACAGAUUCCAAAGUAA